AGUGAUAAAUCUUAUACAUUGAUACAGUUUAUCUAAAGAAGUCAGACCAGACGGCACGCAAAAUGGCUGAUCAAGAAGACUUAGAACAAGCACAGGACCCAGGAAUGUCCAUCAGCAAAAUGAUUGGCGAUAAGCUAACAGAAUCGAUUCAAAACAUGGACGUAUUUAGUACGCUACAAAAAAUGGUUUCAAUGGAACCUGGUGAUGAAGAAUCACAAGGCAUACAGAAUAAAUUAAAAGGAGUUCUGGAGAAGUUUAGAGAUAUGAAUCCGGAAGAGAAGAGAGAGUUCGCUAAGCAGAUAAAAGAGGGUCUUGCGAGCAAAUUGAACAUGAGGUUGAAGGAUAACGCCAUGUUGGCUGGUGUUGAAGAUGCUAUCCGAAGUGCGGUGAUGACAAAGCUCUAUAUGGUAGCUGCUGCAGUCCUGAUCUUCGUGCUAGUUCUAGUAUUCUUCGGCUACAAACUAUACAAAUCUAUAAAGGAGAAGGAGAAGAAGCGAGAAGAGAAGAAGAAAGCGAAGCAAAUGAAGAAAAAGAAGUGAUUUUGACACACAAACGGAGUGAGGCUUUCUAAGCGUUGUGUUAGGAAAAUUAUGUAAAAACUCUUAAUUUAUUAAUAUUCUAUAACAUCAUCACGCCUUUUAUCCCCGAAGGGGUAGGCAG